GAGGAGAGAGAGGAGAUCUCCAUACACGCGCAGGUUCACGCUGCGGCGCGCGCUUUUUUCUUUUGGAGAGGAGCGCGCACAUGCACGUCCAUCUGUGCGUGCAACCAGAGAGCUGAGAGUCAGAGCCGCAAGUGAAGAGGGACUCAGAAGUUCUCAGCAUCGGAGUAUAGCUUCGCCAAGAGGCUCAGCAUCUCCAGAGGCGGACGGACACGAGAAGAAGGAGCUGGAGGAUGCAGAGCCGGAUGCUGCAGCAUCACCUCAUCAUCAUCAUCAUCAUCAGUGCAAACACGCAAGGGAUGCUCCUGUAACUUUUAAUGUGUUGAAGUUGACCUCCGCUUGUUUUCUUGGCUCUGCUCUGCCCGGUUUUGGCUUUAGAAGUGCUGCUCUCCUGCCUGCCAUGCUUGGUGCGUCGCUCCACAGUGCGCUCUUUCUGUGCGCCUUCCUCCUCCAGAUGUUCUCCUCGCUGCCAGGAGGACAGGUGCCGACCUGCCAGGAGGUGCGCACCGUGUUCCAGUCUCUGCAUCCGGGCUCCAAGUGGGUCCCCGAAACACCGGUGUCAGGUGCGGAUCUGCAGGUUUGCCAAACCAAAGGCCCGACCUGCUGUUCCAAGAAAAUGGAGGAGCGGUAUCAGGUGGCCGCACGCAGCAACAUGGAGUCUGGUCUGCAGGUUGUCAGCGCUCAACUCAAACGCCUCAUCAUCCAGAACGCCGCCAUAUUCCAAGAGGCCUUCGACCUGGUGCUGCGUCACGGCCGCAACUUCACCCUGGCCAUGCUGAAGUCAGAGUUCCCAGGUCUCGGAGGUGGCGCCCAGAGCUCCGUGGGGCAGCUCUUCCUGGACAUGUCGCUCUACAUCCUGGGCUCGGACUCCACGGUGGACCACAUGGUGGCGGUGCUCUAUGGUCGCCUCUUCCCCCUGGCCUACCGCCGCCUGCUUGGCGGCACCGCAUCCUCCGCGUCUGAGGAGUGUGUAAGAGGAGCCUGGAAGGAGUCGGGAGCAUUUGGCCCUUAUCCCAAACUGAUGAUGACCCGUCUGUCUCGCUCCCUGCUGGCCACGCGAGUCUUCCUGCAGGCGCUGAACCUGGGCAUCGAGGUUGUCAACACCACCGACCACCUGCGGCCCGGCCGGGACUGCAGCCGGGCCCUGCUGAGGCUGUGGUACUGCCCGCACUGCCAGGGCAUGCUGGGGCCGCCGGCCUGCAGGGGUUUCUGUCAGGCGGUGAUGCACGGCUGCCUGGGGGGGGCGGUCGAGGUGCAGCCUCACUGGAGGACCUACGUAGACGGACUGGGGAAGCUGGCCGGCGCCAUGAGGGGAGAGCAGGACAUGGAGGCUGUUGUUCUUAGACUGCCUUCAAUGAUCAAACUGGCUCUCAAGCAUGCUGUGAACGCCCGCAGCCGCCUCACCACCCUGGUGAGCGGGAUGUGUGGAAGCACUCCUCAGCGGGCCUCUCGCUCGGUCGUGUCCCCUCCUCCGCAGCUUCCCGCCACCUCUGCAGCCCGCAACAUGCUGUCCUCAUCCUCAGACUCUGAUGAGACUUUAGCCAGCCUGCGCAGGGAGUUCAUAUCCAACUUGAAGGGCUUCAGCUCCUUCUACAGCGGUCUCGGGGAGGCGCUGUGCAGCCGAGAGCCCGCUCCAGCGAACCACUCCCUCUGCUGGAAUGGGCAGGAGAUGACAGACAGGUUUCCUGGGCCGGGCUUGAAGCGAUCGCACCCCGGCUCCGAGUCCCGAAGCAACAAGCCCCCCGAGCCGAUCAUCAGCCAGAUCAUAGACAAACUCAAACACAUCAACCAGUUGCUGCGGCUGGUAACGGUAUCUGAGAAGCGCUGGAGGGCCCGGUCGCGAGCGGACGGGUGGAACGACGAGGGGGAAGAGGGAUUUGAGAGCGGCGACUGCGACGACGAAGACGAGUGCUCCGGAGUGUCAGGGCUGGGGCCGCCACCGAGACGCAAACGGUUACGCAUCUUUGCAGCUCCACUCAUUCUGUUUCCUGUUUUGCUAAACUUCCUUUAGUCUCCUAACCCCAUUUAGUCACCUCUGAGUUCACCUUUCCUUUUCAACUUUCUUAGAACUCCAUUAUGUCCAUUUGUGUCCUCCUUUGGCAUCACGUCUCCUUGUCUUACUCUCUUGCCCUCUGUGUGGGAGGGUCCCUCAGCCUAGAAUAACAGUGAGUGUUGUGGAGGUUGGGAGGCCAGAGCAGCUCCGAGAGCUGUGCUGCUGCAAAGGCCCAGGGCAGGGCCUCCUCUGGGCGUCCCGUUUGUCUUGGCCCGACAUUCCCAGCCUCUCCGAGCGCCCCUGUGGUCGGCCUGUGGGUGUGGAGGCAGACGGUCACAUUCCCGCCAGCCCAGUGGACAGAAGCAUCCUGCACCGCUCCCUCUGUUCCUCCUCGGCUCUCAAUCGGCAAUGUCCUCGGACAAACAGCCCCGGCCAAGUCACGGAAUGUGACCAACAAGCCAAUAAUCAGUCAGCUCUGUAUGAGUAACCCUCUCCUAGAUACGGCCCAAUCAAACCAUCAGUGUUGCCGAUUUGGACUGUUGGAGCUAGUCAGCAGCUAGUGCUGCUUCCUACUUUCAUUGGUAAAGAGUUGGCAACACUGGGCUGGGUUAUUCGGUUGGAUCAUUUUCAAAAUCUAGCAUAUUCUUGCUAGUUUCUUAACAUUACCAACCGUACCUUUCACCAAAGUAUCACUGUUUGAGGCCUACCUACUAGUUGGAUCAUUUUAAAAAUCGAGCGUAUGUGACCAACAAGCCAAUAAUCACAGGUCAGCUCUGUAUCAGUAACGCUCUACGAGAUGAAACCCAAUCAAUCAAUCAAUCCAGCAGCUCCUAUCAUGUUUUUACAGAACCACCGUCUUCUUUGCAGCUGUAAAGGCGGCUCCUGACACACACACCGGCCUCUCUAUCGCUAAAUUUGCUGAGUGUAAUAUUUAAGGGAACAGUUUGCUCUGCAGAGAUGAGACGAGCGAUAAAAUAUUUGCUUUACCUCGGAAACCAUAAUAUCGUUUAAGCUGUCGAAUCUUUAAACCCUAGAUCAAAUUUGACCAGCUUAGGUGUGUUAUGUGCACACAUCGUCUGCCAAUGUAGCGGCAAUCUAAACCAUCUCUCCCGUUUCAUAAGAAGCACCUGUGUUUGGAGACUUAACAUUCCACAUACUUAUCUGACCAAAAAAAAAGGCCUUUGUGCAUAGCACACAUGUACUGAAUAAACUGUACCGGACCGUGAAGGCACACACUCGCCAGCGGGGUUAGAAUAAUGUGUCAACCGGCUACUGACGGGGCACCUACUCCGGAAAGUAAUUCAGCCGCAUUUAAGAAACAUGUUUACUGGAAAUGCGUGACAAAUGAAGUGUUUCUUGUGCUUUUUUGUAUCAUGUAAUCAUCACCUGUAGCUGUGGCGCGCUGGGAAAUGUGUCUUUCCACUCACUGUUGCAAUUUUUUUCUACAUAGUUUGCUUGUUGUGACAACUGCAAACUGUAAACGACAAGCCUCAGGCACCGAGCGCUGCCAAUAAACAAAACUCC